AUGGGCAACACUCCAUCAUUGACGCGCACUGCCGGUGCUCUUGACUCGUAUGUAUCCGAGAUUGGGGGAGACAUCGUGUAUGAGAGAAGCUUAGGUUCGGCGCGUUUUCUGAAGACGGUGAAAUGUCUCCAUAGAAAUGGCUACAUUGUCGUCAAGAUAUUCAUCAAAUCGGAUCCUGGACUCAGUUUACGGAACUAUCAUAGGAGAUUGAAGAUGGAUAGAGAGGCUCUGCUCGAUCUACCAAACGUGUACAGCUAUCAAGCCUUUGUGGAGACCGACAAAGCUGGUUAUAUUGUACGACAGUGGAUCGCGAGCAACCUCUACGACCGAAUCAGCACGCGUCCAUUUCUAAGUUCGAUAGAGAAGAAAUGGAUAUCAUUCCAGAUUUUGAACGCUCUUCGUGACGCGCGCAAUCGCAAAGUAUCACAUGGCGAUAUCAAGUCCGAGAAUAUCCUCGUAACCUCCUGGAACUGGGUCUACGUCUCUGAUUUCGCAUCGUACAAGCCCACUUAUCUCCCUCUCGAUGAUCCCUCCGAUUUCUCGUUUUUCUUCGAUACUUCCGGACGCCGAACGUGUUACAUCGCCCCCGAACGAUUCUACACAGCACAAGAGAAUCCGGAGAUCAGUGCGAGAAAGACCAGGUUGGCAAUGAGCAUCGAUGACGGAGAAGGCAAACGCGACGGCAAAGUGACGGAGGCAAUGGACUGCUUCAGUGUCGGAUGUGUGAUUGCCGAGCUCUUUCUCGAGGGCGCGCCGCUCUUCACGCUGAGCCAGCUAUUCAAAUACCGAGAAGGAGAGUCCACCGUGGACGCUGCUCUCACAGUGAUUGAAGAUGACGGCGUGAGGAAUCUGAUCAAGCAAAUGAUUGCUCUGGAUCCUGCAUCACGGCCUUCGUUCGAUAUGUUGCUGCACACGUCACGGGGCAGCGUGUUUCCGGAGUGCUUUUACUCCUUUCUGCACAACUACGUCGCUAGUGUCAGUGAACUGCCAACACCUUCUCCAUUUGCGUCUCCUACACCAUUGCCAUCCGGAACGUCGUCUACUGCGCCCAGCAGCGCGCUUAGGGGGCUACCGUCCGCUGCCUCUGCACCAGGGGGGGCCCUACCUGAUGAACUCGGCGGAGCGCUACCCAGCGAUUCAGACCAACGCAUGGAACGGAUUUGGGCAGAUUAUGAGAGCACGGAGCCCUACAUCAUCGCCGACGUCUUAGAAGAUACACUUUCGGCGGUGAAGAUAGAAUACACUGUGUCUGCGGGCCCAACAAAGCCCUUCCAGGACGUCUUUCCGGUAGAAUUACACGUCCCAAACAGGGAGUCGGCGCUCAUCCUACCUACCGCAUCGGGGCAGGUCGCGGCGGCAGAGGACGGACCUGCCCUUAUCAUUCUUGCUCUGGUCAGCACUAAUGUGCGGAAUUGUCGUUUACCGAGUUCCAAGAUCAGGGCUUUGGAUGUCUUCCUGGCGCUUUGCCCGCACCUCACCGAUGAAGCCAAAAUAGAUCGGAUGGUGCCGUACAUUGUGGACCUUUUACAUGAUGAAGCGGCAAUUGUACGCUCGUCUGCUUUAAGAACGCUCAUGCAGGUGGUGAUGCUGGUGACCGUGAUAACGCCCUUCAAUGCAUCCAUAUUUCCGGAGUACAUCAUACCGAACAUCUCGCAUUUGAUCAGAGAUCCCGAAGUGUCCGUUCGCUGCAUGUAUGCUCAAUGUAUCGUCCCACUGGGCGAGACAGCAUUGCGAUACCUCGAGAUGGGCCAGGCACUGAAAGCGCAUGGUGCCUUCAAGAGGACCACGGACGUGCAGGAAUAUGAGGAGGCACAUCUUGAGUUGUCAUAUGAGGCCAGCAUGCAAGAUCUGCAAAGCAGCAUCCAAGAACAUCUAUCGGCUCUUCUCAUGGAUUCGUCUAGCGUUGUCAAACGUGCCGUUCUGCACAACAUAUCCUCGAUAUGUAUAUUCCUAGGCAGGCAGAAAACCAACGACGUGCUUCUCAGCCAUAUGAUCACUUACCUCAAUGACCGUGACUGGCUCUUGCGAUAUGCCUUCUUCGACAGCAUCGUUGAUGUUGCCGCAUGCGCUGGCGGAAGAAGUCUGGAUGAAUAUAUCUUACCGUUGAUGAUUCAAGCUCUGUCAGGCGCUGCUGCGUUCAUCGCAUCCGCAGCCAAGCAUCUGCCGAGCAGUGAUAUGUGGUGUAUCCUGUACCCAUCGCUUCGACAUUUCAUUCGGUCUGAUAUACGUGCACUGGACGAGCGCAGUCUUCUUGAGGUUGUCAAGACACCGCUACCGAGAUCUGUUUACGACGCAGCAUUGCAAUGGGCCAUGAAAGCCGACAAGAGUUCGUUUUGGAGAAAUCCUCGGCGAUUGGCCCCUAGGUCGGAAUCGCCGAGAGACAGUAUGAUAGCAACUCGCAAGGGUUUGGCUACGAGUACCAGGGCUAAAUCGGAAGAAGAUGAAACGCAGUUAGCGAAGCUGCGCCAGCUGGGCAUGUCGUCUGGUGACGAAGCGAAACUUUUGGCUAUGCGCGACUACAUCUCCAAACUUGCCGAUGCCGUAUCCAGUUUCGCAUCUCGGUUGCGUCUUGAGCUGCAGCCUGAGACUCUUCAGACCACGAGUUACGUUGAGCUACAAAAGCUCGGCGUAACGCCUCAGACCGUCUUCCUCAAGGCCAGAGCUGAUCAGACACUUCGCUCACCGCGCUCUGCUGCAGCAAGAUCGGCUGUUUUCGACCAGGUAAUGCGAACGCCUGUACCGGGAACACCGCAUUUGAGCCGUCCACCCAGCGUGGACCACGGUGGAAGCAAUUUCGAAGAUCUUCGUCGCCGCCUCGCUACGAUCAACGGAUCCUCAUCGUCGCUGCAUCCUGACCCUGCGAGUGCUAGGGAUUCGCGUGCCUCGAUGUCGCCUGUGCCCGCCAAUGUUGGGCACACAACGACUCUAGCGGCUGACAUGGAACUUCCUCCCCUUGAGCGUCCCGCAAGUCCUGCAGAGUCCGUGCUGUCCGCGAACACAUCCGCUUUCCGAGGCAUGCAUAGGUUGUCUGGCGGUGUCAUGGACGGCCAUAAGGCUGCUCCGGCGAUCGGCUCUUCCAGGGCUAACGCCGUUGGAUUACUGGACACCGCCAUGCGAUUACGCUCAGAGGCCUCUCCGGAACGGUCGGGCAGAUCGUCUCCGGCAUCUGUUGCUGGGACUAUUCGCGGACAGAUCCGACAAGGUCCGCCUUCUGUGCUGCUGCCUAUAUCCACCUACGGCACGUACGGACAAGAGCCUGGCAUCAGCAACCUCUUGGAACACAUGUAUCUUGACAACAAUCGUGACAUGCAGGACGAUUUCGGUCCCAGGGUUCACGUUGGUCCAGUCCGUCGCCGGACUGCUGUUCGCCAUUCCUUCAUGCCUCGUGAUGGGAGUUCAAGACGAACAGAGGCCAUGUUGAUAACACAUCUUCACUCGCAUUCAGACGCCAUUACUUCCCUUGCGGUUUCUCCUGAUCAUCUAUUCUUUGUCUCUGCCUCGGACGACAAGACAGUCAAGAUCUGGGACACGGCUCGCCUCGAACGCAAUAUUACAGCAAAACCUCGACAGACAUAUGGCCAGCACCACGCGCGGGUGAAGGCCGUAUGCAUGUUGGAGGGUCUACAUUGCUUUGCGAGCGCGGCUGAUGAUGGCAGCCUACACAUUGUGCGGGUACAUGUCAGCCAAAGUGGUGCAUUACCCAAGUACAACAAGAUGCAGGUCAUACGCGAGCAUCGGGUUGCAGAAAGCGGCGAGUACAUCACUUCCUUGGUGCACUAUCAAGCAGAUGCUUCUUCCAACUUACUCUACGCCACGACUCAUGCUCGGGUCGUUUUAUUAGACCUUAGGAAUAUGCGCGUACUGCAGGCCAUGGAGAACCCACGUCAUUAUGGGCCCAUUACGUCGCUGUGUUUGGAUAAGAAGCGGUCGUGGCUCAUUGUAGCCACCGCGACAGGAGUUCUGAGCCUGUGGGAUCUUCGUUUUGGCCUGCUUCUGAAGAACUGGAGAGUUGGACAAGAGGACUCAGAAACGAGGAUACAUGCCUGUCACUUGCAUCCUUCCAAAGGUCGCGGAAAAUGGGUCAUGGUCGCUCUGGAAGCUGGCGCACUCUCAGACGAAGAACCUUCCCGAAUCAUAGUCGAGGUUUGGGACGUCGAAAAGAUGGCUUUGGUGGAGACCUAUAAUACCAAACUUGCCUCAGCGCCGUUCCACGCGCCGGUCGCCGCCAUUCGCCCAAACGUCGAUCACGAUGCCGAAACGAAUCCCGCUGCUGCGAUAGCAACACUCGUCCGCUCCCGUCAGCAGCAGCAUAUGCCCGGCAGCUUCACUGCUUUCUCCCAACUCGGGAGAACAAUUUCUCGAGCCGAGGAUACGAAACCUUCGAUUCCUGUCAAUAUCCGUGCUAUGGUUGUCGGACUUGAGUUUGGCGGUCACUCGUCGCACAAAGCAGAGGCAAUGGACCUUGUUGUGGAAGGCAGCCCAGGGACACUGCCCGUUCCCCGCGGUUUCAUGCUUACCGGAUCGGAGGACCACAGGAUCAGGUUAUGGGAUCUUGGCAGAAUUGGGCGAUCUACUGUCCUAUCGGGCCUCGAUGACGAGGGGGACAAACCAGCUUAUAGUGAAACGAUUGAGGCCGACGGGCGCCGUACCACGUAUGCGGAAACCUGGCCGUCUUUGGGCGGUGGUCAAACUCAUCGGCCGCCUCAACGCAUAUCACUAAUCAAUCAAGGCCAACAAAACCUGCUAAAAUCGCAUCAAGACACGGUGUCUGCUCUGGCGUGCAUCGACUCCCCCUUCCGUGGCGGGAUUGUCAGUGGAGAUCGCCUAGGAGUGAUCAAAGUGUGGCGGGUCGAUGGAGCAGACUAA